AUGACCGAGCUGAGGGAUCUUGUGAUAGAGAAACGUGUACCUGUGAUAUUUACUGUAGACAUAUCGAAAAGUAGCGUGGAAAUAGAGACACCCGAAGAUUCUCAGCAAACCAAACAUGAAGUCACUUCCUGUGGAGAGAAAAAAGAAGCUCAGAGCGCAGAAUUGGAGAAAGGUGAAGCGGAAGCACCUAAAGAAGAAAAAGUAGAUAUUAAAAGGAAAAGAAGAGAGGAACGAUUGGCAAAGGAGAAGCAAGCAGAAGAAGAAAGAGAGCGAUUCGUGAAAGAAGCUGCUGAAAGGAAAGCAGCAGAAAGAGAAGAGAUAAUAAAGCAGGCGAAGAGAUUGAUUCUUUACAGGAAACCGAUGUGCAGGCGAAUUAAUCAAGGUCUUCUAAUUUCCGAGUGUUUCAGAGAACUGGACGCUCAAUUAAAAUUUCGAGAGACUAUUAAAAGCUUAGAUAAAGAGGCGGAAGUGGCGUACGUAGAUUUAUUGAAAGCGGAUGUGAAACGGUACGAGGAAGAAAUGAAACAGAAAGCAGAGCAACGAUUAGAGAAACGAAAGAAUUAUGGUCUCGAGUUGAAGAAACAAAUUGAAGAAAUUGGAAAUGCUAGGGCAGCAAAGGAACUGGAGGAAUUUGAAAGUGAGAAACAGGAUCAGAUUAAUAUGAAUAAGUACUUGCAGGACGUGAAGGAGCAUGAAGCAGAACAAUUGCUAACCAAAAAGCAGAAAUUGAAGCAAUUCUUCAAAGGUGCAAUCGAGGAGAAGAAACAAUUCGAUCUGAUGCUGAAACGCGAAGAAGAAUUCGAGGAUCGAGCGAACGAAAUCUAUCGAAAUACGAAAGCUCGAAUACAGAAGAUCCACAAAGAAGUAAAAUUGAAGGAGAAGCAAGAAAAGGAACAGAAAGCUCGACAAAUAACUGAGCAACAAUAUUCGCAACUACAAUCAGCACUGCCAAUGGAGGAGAAGAUUUUGAAGAAAGCUCAGGAAGAGCAAGAAGCCCAAUACCAAGAGAAACAACGGAAACGAGAAGAGCGUAAACUUCAAUUUCGAAAAGAAGUGAACGAUAUUCAAAUGGAAACUUCAGUCGCGAAGUCUAAGCAGCUUCGAGAAGAAAAAGACGUGAAAACGUGGGAAACUGUACAAAGAUUUAAAAGAGCUGAAUGGGACAAGGAAAUGGAGGCUGAAGAACGGAAGCAGGAGUGGAAGAAGAGAAUCGAAUAUGGAAAUAUGCUGAAGAAAUACAUUAGCGAAAGAGAAACUGUACGGAAAGAAGAGCAGAUUGCCGACGAAGAAAUGGCAAAUAUGACGAAAAUUAUGGAAAUCGAAAAUCGAAGAAUUCUGAAUUACGCGGAAGAGAUUUUGAACGAAUCGAAAGGCGUCAGGCCACUUUUCCCAAUUUUGAAAGCUGUCGAGGAGUGCAAAAAAGAAAUGGGUUUAAUAGUACCUAAAAAGAAGGGAGAGACAAUCGAUACGAAGCCCAAAAGAAGAAGAGUUCCUCGAGUGUGUACGAAAUACGUUCCCGAGGAAAAGAUUUUGUAUUUAUAA